GAAGAAGAUACACUAAAGAAAUGGAUGAAGCUUCUUUACUGGAAAAUGCUAUAAGGUAUUUGAAAUACCUCCAAGAACGAGUGGAUAUACUUGAGGAACAAGCAAGAAAGCCCACCGUAGAUGUCAAGAAAUCACAGUUGGUUGUGGACGAUGAAGGAUCAUCGUCGAAUGAGCAGCAGUCAGCCCCAUCAAUCGAUAUUCGAGUUUGUGACAAACAUGUUCUUCUCAGAAUCUGUUGUGAGAAACGUAAAGGGGUUUUGGUGAAAAUUCUUUGCGAAGUAGAGACGCUUAAUUUGGGAGUUGUUAACACAAGCGUGGUGCCCCAUGGAAGUUCAUCCCAUGAUAUUACCAUUAUUGCAGAGAAGGAGAAAGAAUUCAGUUUGGCAGCGGAAGAACUUGUACAGAAUCUUUAUGCUGUUCUCCAGCGAGCUUAGGGAAAAUUGGGAGCUGGCAAUGCGUACGAGGGGUUAAAUGGAUUUGGAAUCGACUGUUAGAAAUAAAUAUAAUUAGUAUUUGAAUCUUCUCUUAUAUUUUAAUGUAAUCAUCUCUUUAGUACCCUUAUUAAUUUAGUAUUCUUGUCUCCCAUUAAGUGAAAUUACGCCUUUCAAUGUAGAUUUUCACCACUCUAUAACUCGUUAAGAGAAAUUGUGCAAGGAUUGCAAGUUUUAAUUUUUAUUUA